AUGGCGUCGUGGCUGGGUGCAGAUGGGGUUACCAUUGGUAACAGGCAUUCAAAAGCACUUCUGAGGUCACUGGCUGAACGAGAAGCGGGAAGGCCCGCAACGCCGUGCUGGGGAGCUUACUGGGAAAGCGAAGAGCCAGCUCGUGGUGCCAGUGAUGGCAUUGAACUUGCGUUGCAGCAACGGGCUGAAGGCGUGGAAGUCGCCGCUCUGUCAGCCUUACUUGGAACACAAUUUGAGGCACACAAACGGGAGAUCCUUCAAAAGGCUGAAACUGAAGCUUGGGGUGUGAUAAAUGUUCGUUGCCAAGGGCGCGAAUCAGCCUCGCAACAACGCCUUGCAAUACGCCUCGUGAAGUACGCAAAAGAUCUACGUAGGGCAAGGCCUGACAACCCACCGAUCGCAAAUGAGGAUCGUUUAAAGAUGUUGGGGGAACUUCUGGACCUUCAGGAAACGGCUUCUAGACUUAUACAAGCUGCCCUUGGAACACUGCAGUCAUAUUCUUUACAACACCCAGGCGAGGCAAUUUCACUGGAAGCAGCGCAUGAAUUUGCUGAGGAAAUGAAGCGCAUCGUCUACAUCCGGCGUUCUCAGGUGUUCAUGAGUAAGCACUUGAGUCAUCUACUGCUACAAUUUGAGGCCUCACGUCUGCACGGGAGGCUCCUGCGUGUGAAACAUCCCGAGGAUCUGCGCGAGAAACCACAGAUGACCCUCGAAGAGCUACGUGCCGAAUUAACUGACCCCAGCACUUGGUUCAAAAAUCCUCUAUAUACGACCCAAAAGCCUCCCAAAGGAGAGUCUAGAGCACAACAGGAGCCCCAAAAUAGGCACAGCGCUGCCCCUACAAGCGACCAAGCGACAAAAACACCUGAUGGAGGUCGUCCUCCGCUUCCUGGUCACUCUACAGGCCAGGCGAGCUUUUCUGAUCGUAGGGAGGGAGAAGAGCAGGCACAAAAGAGUCAAGCAGAAGUGGACAGCAGUAACCCUGAGCAGACUCAGCAGACAUCAGGCGGCAUCAGUCCUCCAUCUGAAGCUCAAAGUUUGGGAGCAGCCCAGGCCCUGCCGCACCAAGCUCCGGCAACCCUGGCACCAGCUG